AGUGAACAAAUGUGGUGAAAUUCUUUGACAUUUAAACAACAUCUAACUUCAUUUGCCCAUUAUCUACUUCCUUUUCCGUGUUAGCUGUGAAAGAAUAAACAUGCCGCUAGCCAAAGAUUUAUUACAUCCUUUGCCCGCUCAAGAAAAGCGUAAGCACAAGCUAAAACGCUUGGUGCAACAUCCCAACUCUUAUUUCAUGGACGUCAAAUGCCCUGGCUGCUACAGAAUCACCACUGUCUUCAGCCACGCUCAAGGCGUUGUGGUAUGUGCGGGUUGUGCUACCAUCUUAUGCCAGCCAACCGGUGGUCGCGCUAAGCUCACAGAAGGUUGCUCUUUCAGAAGGAAGCCUCAAUAAAAUGUGACGUUUUAGUUUUUUGCUGCCUCCAUUAUCUUUUUGUCAAAUUUUUUUGAUUUUUUUAACAUCCAGAUACAAAGAAAAAUUAAUAAAAAAAAAUCUUUUCGUUGCGAAAAGUUUAAAGAGA